AUGAGCCAGUCUUCCAAGGAGCUAUCCAGGCUGUUCAAAACCAAGAACAGCAAGGAGAUGCCGGGCUUUUUGCUCAGAGCCUGUGAGGAGGAGGUCUCAAGAUUCUGCCCUCCAGGAAAAUCUUGCCAUGAUUGGAUAGGACCCCCAGAUAAAUAUUCAAAUCUUCGACCUGUUCACUUCUACAUCCCUGAAAAUGAAUCACCAUUGGAACAAAAGUUAAGAGAAUUAAGACAAGAAACACAAGAAUGGAACCAACAGUUCUGGGAGAACCAGAAUUUGACUUUUCUUAAGGAAAAAGAAAAAUUUAUUGACUCAAGACUGAAAGCCAAAGGCCUGGAACUGAGAGCUGAGUCAGGUCAAAAAGCAAUAUUGAAUGCAGAAGAAAUGGCUGACUUUUACAAGGAAUUUUUAAGUAAAAAUUUUCAGAAGCACAUGUAUUACAACAGGGACUGGCACAAGUGUAAUUUUGCCCUCCCCUUCUUCAUGGGAAAAGUGGCCCUGGAGAGGAUUUGGAACGAGCUUAGACUGAAACGAAAGAAGACCAGCAAUUAG